UAUAAAUUCUGGAACGGGAAUUUCCAGGAGAGUGGAUGGGGCCAUUUUGGCCUGAGUAGAGAAGGAACAUAUAUCAGUACAAAAUGUGGAAAAAAACCCGAAACAGUUGAAAAUCAGGACAUAAAAAUGCAUCGUCUCCCUAAUUUCCACCCUGUGGAUCAGUCGGAGCCGACACAGCAUCAAGUUGUGACGGCAACGGGGGAGAGUUCAUUUCUAUAUGGAAGCGAACUUCAUGGAGGUGAAAUUCAAAUUGGAAUUGGGGGCUCUGAUGAUCUUGUUCUGGAGUUUGCAGAGGAUGAAAGCUUUCCCGCCAAGAAAGCCUGUCUUGAUACCAGACUAUCAGGCAAGAAAAUUGGGAACAUCAUCAAACCAGCCAAGUUCAAGGCACCUGAGAUAGACGUGAGCAGUGGAAUUGUUUGCCAAACACCAAACAAAGAGCAUGUCAGUCUCCAUAGCAACAAGAAGAAAGAAAAUGUCAAAGUUGUUGCCGAAAAGCUUGGAUCCAACACCACUGAAAACUUGAACAUCCAUCUGAGACAGGAUGCUUGGGUUGACGCUAUUAUCAACAAUGGCAAGACCAACAAGGGAGGUUAUCAACGUGGAGUCAGGGUGGAAAGUUAUGUCAUGCCCGACAAUUUCAAACAAUUUGGAUUGUAUGAGGACAACUUUGAUGACUUCAGCCACCUCAACUCCCGGUACUAUGAUAAACACAUGAAGGGGUUUGUUGUCAUGGGAACGAAGAAAGCCGUGUCCGGGCUGCUGAAUGCGACAGACUUGAACAUUGGAACACAUGGCGUCAUCAUGGACAUGAGUCUGCCACCAUCUUUCGACGGUCUGUUUGAGGAGGGGGAGUGUGAUCAGUUCAAGUUCGUCCGGCACCUAGGCAAUGGGUCGUUUGGUAGCGUGUCUCUCUGCCGCCAUUUCGGAGGACAGGAGUAUGUGAUGAAAGUGAUCAAAGACAGAUUCAAGAAGAAGGAGGUGGAGGUGUUGAUGCAGCUGUCUCACCCCAGCAUCACUGGUUUCCGUGGUUACAUCCUCCGUGAUGGCAUUCACGAGAUCAUGAUGGAAUAUGGAGGUGACUCAUUGAAGGUGUUUAUGAAUGAGCACAAGACUGCGUACAAGGAGUUCCUGACAGACGACGUAGUUACCUCCCUUGCCAACCAGGGGUUCUCGGGUCUGGAAUAUAUGUACGAGAGAUUCGGCAUCCUACAUCUCGACAUAAAGCCUGAGAAUGUGUGCAUCAAGCUGGACCCAGUCACCCUGAAGCUGACGGACUUUGGGACCAGCAAGACGCCCCAGCAGCUGGUCACGUUUGAUGGUUGGACUCCCGAGUACAUGAGCCCUGAGGCAUGUCUUCUCUUGCUGACUUCCAAAAUGCCCAAUAUCCCGAUGGAUUUUCGUCCCGAACUGUCGGGCAAGGCCGAUGUCUACUCCUUUGCGCUGACCAUCUGCUUCAUGUUGACGGGGAACCACACGGUGGCUGCCUUGUGGCCCCCCGGCUUCACCAUGGACAAGCUGGGAGAGUGGAGAGGCCAGUACAUCCAUCAUUUGGCCCAGAACCCAAGCUUUACCCAGAAACUCGCCAUUAAGGACGAUUGGCCCAAAGAGAUGCGUGAUCUUCUGACAGCGGCCUUGGAAGGUAACCCUGGCAAACGAUGUAGUGCCAGACAGGCAUGCACCUACUUGAAGAAUCAAUCCAUCUCUCAGCCUUUGAACAUUCAGAGCAUGUCGUACCCUGGGUCCUUGAUCGACAACCUGCCGACGUCGGACUCCCUGUAUGAGCAGCCCCCGUCCCCCCCGGACGUCAGCCUGUCCCAGUCACACGGCGGCGGGGGCGGCAAAGACAUCAAGAACCAGCUUCGCCGCAAGAUCCGCCUCAAGUCUGUCAACCCGUACCAACGCCAGUCCAGCGAAGUUGCCCUCCCCAAACCUGACGUUGAGAAGACGUCCGACGGGCUUCCUGUCUUUGAUAUUCUCCUGUAGGGGGGUUGCAGGAAGAAGUGCCAUACCAUUCCCCAUUAUAUGCACACACCAUGUUUGUGUUAAAUCUUACAUGACCAAGUCUAACUUGAUGAAGUUUUUAGUGCUUUAUAAACAUAUUUUUGUAUUGCAUCAAAUUUUUCCAAUGGAAGUAAAGCAUCAUCAAAUUUAAAUACUGUUUUCGAUGACAGUAAAUGUUGAUAUCCUGGUGAACCAUCAUGAUGGGAAUUUUAAGACAUGAGCAAGGUUUGUCGAUGUUACGAUCUGUCUUUUACUGGCGAAAAUAUCAUUCAGAUCAUGUGGAUCAUAACAUUUAAAUAACUCAAAGUUGGAUUUUAUGAUGUUUUUGUACAUAUUGGACCUGUCUCUGUCUCGGUCCUAUCUCAACAUGUCUGUAAUUUCCUGCUUUUGUUUCUGGAGCAGUUGUCUCAAACAUUCAGUCAACGGGGCUGAAAAAUUUCGAUUUCUUUUUAUUGCAUUGUUAUCACAUUCAUCAACCAAUUUUGGAAAAAUAUUGUGAGACAUGAAGUCACUUUGAAUUGUCUUUGUUUUUGGAAACAGUACAAUUAUCACAAAUAAUGAAAAAAGGUAUUGAUUCACCAUUGGGUACUGCUUAUUCCUUGGUUCAAGUUCCAAGUCAGAAGGGAAUGUAUCAAAAUAGUGUGUUGAAUUUUAAAAAAAUUUAUUUUUGAAAUAUUUCUUUUAACAAUGUUUAAUUUGUAAAUAUAAAGAAAAAAUUUCAAUAAUAGAAAUGACAUUUAAAAAAAAAAAUAUAUGUUGAAUUUUAAAACAACAUGUAAAGAAAAUAAUAUUUGAAAAAAACAAAACAUUUAACAAUUUUCAACUUUUAAAUAUAAAUUGGAAAUGUGCAGAAACAGAAAUGGCUUAAAUUGAAAAAUAUGGAUAACUGACUUAUAAAUAAUAUUUGACCAGGGUCAAUGUAGAUGCAUGAAACUUGAAUUUUAUUGUUGGUACAGGGUCCCUGUCUCACAAAGCGAUCAUAGCUCGACGACUGUCGUAAGUCUAUGUUAAACGAUGGAGGUUGAGACAGUCGUGGGGCUACGGUCGCUGUGUGAACAGGGACCUAGCCUUGUUGUGUGACGGUAUGAGACAAUUGCUGGCUUUUCUACUUACUGUCCACAUGUACCAGGCAGCGUAGUGUACAAGGGUGCACCAGAGGAUUUACUCCAUACCUUCAGAUCAUGGAGAAUUGUACAGAAAACCAUGUUGUAAUAUCAGUCACAAGAAUUCAUCUUUGAGAAUUGUACAGAAAAGGCAAAUCUUUAACCCAUUUUGUAAUAUGUCACAAGAAAAACAUCUUGUUAUUGAACCUAUUUGUUAUAACAGGUCCCUGAUUGUUAUCCAGUUAGGGAACAGUUCAAAAGUUCUGUGUCGAAAAAUAAAAACUUGAGACAUCCCCUUGCUCCUCAAAUAAAGUAUUUGUGAAAUUGUUGAUGUCCUGAAAAAAAAAUUUAAUCAAGCGAAUCCCACUUCUCCAUGAUUCACAAAAGUUGCUGGUUCAAGUCUCAAGCAGAUUGACUACUUUUUCACUCAAUUCGUUGUAUAUCUUUUCUUCAGCCUGUGUUAUUGUAUAUUUAUACAUUUAGGGUACGGUUACAGAAUUGUAAUGUUGUUAUGGAAUGGUAACGUUGUUUUGGAAAUUGAAAGGAAACUUUGAUAUAUUUGUUUGUUUAUUCAACAUUGGCUUGUUUAUAGGCUGUAGAUGAGAGAUUCUGCCCUACCAAAGGCAAAACACUGAAAAUAAAUUCAAAAGUACAAGUUGACAAACAUUAUAAUCUUUGUUUUAUUAAUUGUAAAAAGAAAUAAGUUUUUUGUUACAUAUUUGAUAGGGCAAGUAUCUCACUGUCUUUUCAUGACCAAUGUGUUCUAUGCAUAAUAUUCAGCUAAUCAGUAUUUUGUUUCAUGGUUUAGUUAUCACCAAUAGUUGUAGAUGAACUGUAAAUUCGGAGGCAAGGGGGGCGGUCGGGUAGCAUCGUGGUUAAAGCGUUGCUCGUCACGCCGAAGACCCGGGUUCGAUUCCCGACAUGGGUACAAUGUGUGAAGCCCAUUUCAUGUGACCCCCUGCCGUGAUAUUGCUGGAAUAUUGCUAAAAGCGGCGUAAAACCAUACUCACUCACUUGGAGGCAAGGGGUAGGUAACUCAGUUGUCAAAUUCCCUGCAGAGCUGUUUCCCUUAGUUAACCGGAUCCCCUGGUCACAGGUUUGGUUCCCAGAUUCUCCAUGGUACGGCUUUCUGCCCACAUCAAGCUGGCACUCAAAACGUUACAGAAGUACUGAUAAAGUAGUGUAAUAACCCUCAUGCAGUAAGCUCUGAAAGUCCUCCCCCCUUGUGUUAAAGACCAGGGCCCACUCGCACAAAGCAAUCUUAGCACUACAAUGAUCAUAUCUCACAUACUCUGACAUAGACUUGACAUAAUCAUAGUGCUAAGAUCGCUUUAUGCAAGUGGGCCCAGCACCAUGAAAAAUAUAGGAUUUUUAUUCCAAAUAUUUUUCUUUGUACAUUCUCAAACGGGAUCAGUUUUGUUGUGUGUUAGAUUCUGAAUCACUGUUCAUCUACAUCUUAUGUGGGUCUGUGUAUUCCUCUUCUAUGUUGCUUGUGCUGCAUAUUCUACUCUUGAGCUUCUGUUUUGUCAUUGCCUAGGUUGUCUAUGCAGUUGAUUUUCCCUCUUUGAAACUUACUUGAAGAGGUGUUUUUUCUUACAAUGUAUUGAUAAUGUGAUGAAAUUGUUUUAAUUCUUUCAAAUUACAAACAGACUGAUUGAUCAAACAAUUCAAUAUCAAAAUCAUUGUGAACAAUAUACAGUAAACUAUGGUUAUAACAAACUCAAAGGGACUAUUAUUUUAGUUCGUUAUAACCGUAGUUCGUUAUAAGCAUAUAUACAGCAUAACUACAGCAAAUAGUCGGGACCAAAAAAGUAAGUUAGUUAUAUCCGUCAGUUUGUUAUAAGUGUGUUCGUUAUAACCGUAGUUUACUAUAUUUGAUAACAGAAAAAAAUAUACUUUGUCCUCAGUCACCUUGACCCAUAGAAAAGCUCUGUACUUGAAUACUGUAACUUUUUUUGUGAAAAGUUUGAAAAAAGAUGAGAUCAUUAAGCAAUAUAUUCUUAAAACUUAGUCGCCUACUGCUCUUAUUUCUUUUUUCAAUAACCAAAAAAUGUCUUGCAGCUGUGAAUAAACUUGCAUCUUGCUUA